UACAAAUGAAGUUGAAAAGUUUAUUAACUAGCUGAAAGGGAAAAAAAUGUAUACAUCGGAUCCGUAGCAGAGUUUCAUCACACCGAUCUGCUACCGCCUUGCUCUAAAUCUACCAUUCUCCGAUCAUUUUCCGGCCAGAUCUUCAAUUCCUCUUCAGAAAUUGACAUUUCUGCGGUGAAUCAAGCCUGGUUCGACAUAGAUUUCAACAAUGGCGCCUGUAUCGGCCCUGGCCAAGUACAAAUUAGUGUUUCUGGGAGAUCAAUCAGUGGGUAAAACAAGCAUCAUCACGAGAUUCAUGUACGAUAAGUUUGAUAACACUUAUCAGGCUACCAUUGGCAUUGACUUUUUGUCCAAAACUAUGUACCUCGAGGAUCGGACUGUUAGAUUGCAACUCUGGGAUACAGCUGGACAGGAAAGGUUCAGGAGCCUCAUUCCAAGCUACAUUCGGGAUUCCUCUGUUGCUGUCAUUGUAUAUGAUGUUGCAAGCAGACAAUCAUUCAUUAACACUGUAAAAUGGAUUGAGGAGGUUCGCAGUGAGCGAGGCAGUGAUGUCAUUAUUGUCCUUGUUGGGAACAAAACUGACCUCGUGGAUAAGAGGCAAGUCUCUAUAGAGGAAGCAGAAGCCAAAGCUGGAGACCAAAAUGUUAUGUUUAUUGAAACCAGUGCCAAAGCCGGAUUCAAUAUAAAGGCACUAUUCCGGAAGAUUGCUGCAGCAUUACCAGGAAUGGAAACUCUAUCUUCUGCUAAGCAAGAAGAUAUGGUAGACGUCAAUCUCAAGUCAAGUGUAAGCUCAUCUCAGUCAUCAGAAUCCGGAGGGUGUCCAUGCUAAUAGGCAAUAGCUAUGAACAGCAGGCUUCCCCUCCGUGCUGGUUCCUUGCAGUUUUGCUAUUUGUGUAAUCAUCAGAAUUUGAGGGUUUUAUAUGAACAUUAAUAUGUUAGUAAUGAUAGGUCUGAAUUUAUUCUAUAUUUUCUGUAUGAUUUUUUUUGCACUUAAAGAACUGAAUGAAAAAUUUUGUUUGGCAUAUA